AUGGCUGACCGAGUUCACCCUCACGACUCGCCACCGGUUUCUGAGGAACACGCUGUUGUUGCUCCCAAGCAACCUCAAACGCCGCCGUCGGGAAAGCCUGUUCCACCGCCGGGAACGUACGUCAUACAGAUUCCCAAGGAUAUCAUUCACCGUAUCCCUCCAAAAGAAAACGCUCGUCGCUACGAAGAAUACACUCGCAAGAAAAACCGUCGGAACCGUUGUUGCUGCUUCUGCUGGUUCAUCGGAAUACUCUUCAUCCUCAUCGUGCUCCUCGGCAUCGCCGCCGGGGUUUUCUACCUCGUUGUUCGUCCCGAGGCGCCGAACUACUCCAUCGAAAACAUCAACAUCAGAGGAAUAAACAUAACGUCGCCGUCUUCCACCGCGGCGAUUUCGCCGGAGUUUGACGUCACUGUAAGAGCCAAUAACCCUAACAACAAGAUCGGGAUCCGUUACGAGAAAGAUAGUUCUGCGGAAAUUUUCUACAAAGACGUGAAACUAUGUAACGGCGUUUUCCCGGCGUUUUAUCAACCGUCUAAUAAUGUAACAGUGUUUAACACGGUGUUAAAAGGUAACGGAAUUAAGAUGGGAAGUGAGGAUCAGAGAGCGUUGGUUACGGCGCUGAGUAAACGGAAAGUGUCGUUGAUCGUUAAAUUAAGAGCGCCUGUGAAAAUAAAAGUGGGGUCUGUUAAAACGUGGAAGAUUACCGUUAAAGUUGACUGCGAUUUGACGGUGGAUAAAUUGACUGGGAAUGCUAAGAUUAUUUCUAGGAAUUGUAAUUUUAAAUUGGAUCUUUGGUAA